CUGUGUGUUCCACCCGGAGCUCUGUGCAGUGAAGAUAAGUUCCACCCUCAGCUCAUUCUGAACAAUUUUCACCAAGCCACGAGACGUUCAGGCUCUCUCACUGGGUUUCUUCCUGGGGUACAUAGAACUGAUUGGCUUUCUCUGCUUCUCAUCUACCCCUUGGCCUCCAGGACCUGUCUCCUCUGCCAAAAACCCUGGAAAAUCCCAUCUCGGGAACAGACCUAGAUCCUUUCAGAUCCUUGGACAUCUGUCCCUUGCAAGAUGAGAGAGCAGAAUGUAACCUCUGUAGAAAUGAAACCUCCUAAGGAAUCGAAGAGAAGACGUAUAACUGUGGAGAUGGAAGAUUCACUUUCCACUUCCUGGCGGCUCCUCACUGGGAUUCUGGGCAUCCUAGACCUGGGGCUCAUGGUAGCUGCGCUAGCACUGGGGGUCCUCAUUACUAAUCAAUCUUCUUAUGAAGGAUCUGAGAGACCUCCUUCACACACCAAUACCACAUCACAGAGAGCAUGUUACUCUGGUUCUUGCCCAGAGAACUGGAUCUGGAACAGAGGGAACUGUUAUUACCUUUCUAGAGAAGACAAGAAUUGGUCAGAGAGUCAAACUUCCUGCAGGAGUAUGAAUUCCAGUCUCCUGAAGAUAGAUGGCAAUAAAGAGGUGGACGAUUUUCUGAAACUUCUAACUUUCCAUUAUUGGAUUGGAUUGUCUCGGAACCUCUCUGAUGGACCCUGGCUGUGGGAGGACAGAUCUGAACUCUCCCACGACCUGUUCAGGAAAAUCAUACCCUCAGGCACCCAAAUAUGUCCACUGGUGUAAACAUUUCUUCUUAUCCAAAAAGUAGUGAAAACCAGAACACAGAUACCAGAUCACAGAGAAACACAACUAUGGUUCGUGGCGAUGAGAAAAUGAUUGGCAGCUCAAAAUUCUGACCUAUUCUCUUGACUGUUUUACAAAUUCUUUCAAGUUUAUUUUGGUUACUAUUUCCACACUUGCAAAGUUAUGUAACUGUUCUCAAGUCAAAUGUAUUUUUAAAGGGCAUUUCAAUAUAAUGAAUCUUUCUUCUUCACAGGUUAUCAGUGAAAAGCCAUUUUAUGAGGGGAACCUGUGUUCAAUAUGGAUUGAAAAAUAAAUUUUCAUCUGAAAACUGUGACUAUUUAACACAUUAUAUUUGUGAACAAAGAGCUAUAUAAAUUUAGAAAAAUGAUGAACCACUAAAAUUAUUUUAAGAGAUUUCCCCAUAUUGUUUGAAAUGUCUUUGUUUUAUGUUGGAAAGUAUGUUAUUCUAAAUUAUUAUGUAGAAUCUCAUGCAGUUUAUUAUGGUAAAAAGAUCAGGGCUAGAUUUGUAUUCAGAAUAAGGACUCAACUGAUCUAUCAACCUGUCCACAAUUGGAAGAUAUUCUUCAGCUAAUGAGCGCUUCCUCUCAGUGACCAUUAUCCAAAUUUAAUCUUUAAUAAUUACAUAAGCUAUUGUCAUCUCAAUGUCAAGAGAACAAGAAAAUUGAAGCAAUUCAUUAUAAUUUUUAUGCAAAGAAUUAGUAUCCUACUAGAAAACAAACUGGCUGAGCAGGAUUAUUGAACGAGCAUUUUUAUAAAAUAAACAAAGUCUGAUUAAUUCACA